CCGUGACACAUCAUUCGUAAAAGAAUUGAUUGAAAUUGGAGCUGAUGUAAAUUUUAGGUCACCAUUAUUUUAUGCCAUGAAAUUGAAUGCUUUGGAAAUAGAAAACGUUCUUCUGGAAAAUGGUGCAGGAAUUAGUGAAGUUUUAGAAAAAGGAUCACUGGAAGGAAACGAAAAUGUUGUGUUCAAACUAAUUAAUGGAAGGUGUAAAGAAAUUUUAGAAGAAAGAGGAAUAUUUCAAAGCAGUCUUGAUUUAGCUUUGUACAAAGCUUGUCAAGGUGAACAUUGUUCAAUUAUAGAGACCCUAAUAGAACACGGCGCCAGAAUAAAUGCAUCUUUUAAAGACGGCUGGACACCACUCCACAUUGCUAUAGGGAGGAACAAUGCUAUUUUAGCGGAAUGUCUCAUCAACAAGGGUUCAGACUGCAAGGCCAAGGAAUGUCUAUUAGAAAGAACGCCUUUACACCUUGCUUCCCAGAAACACCUUUUACCGACAGUGAAUCUAUUGUUAAAGAAAGGUACAAACUGCAAUGAGCGUGACGUUGAAAAAUGCACCCCACUUCACCUUGCUAUUGAUCCUCAUGACAAUAUCAAGAUUGACGUUAUAGAAGAAACUGAGGAUUUGCUCUUACUGAUACAAACACUUAUUGAUAAUAAUGCCAAUAUAGACAUAUGUGACGAAAAUCAGACCUCCCCGCUGCUAAGUGCAUGUAAAAAUCAAAUGUGGCUUGUUGCAGAACGACUGAUUACAAAUGGUCCGAUGUAAACAUGUGCAGUACUUAUGGAGAUGAUGAUAGUGACCUAUAUUUUUCUUUUAAUCAAAGAUCAGAAGGAAGGAAAAAUUUACAAGCAUCGCCACUUCUUCUGGCAUCAGGUAGUGGCGUUUUGUCAGUUGUUGAGAAACUUAUAAUGAAAGGAGCCAAUGUCAACAUAUGUAACAGUUCUGGCGAAAGUCCAAUUUAUGUAGCAUCUAAGAAUGGAUAUUUAGAAGUUGUGGAAAAAUUGAUCGAACAUGGCUCCUCUUGCAAUGAACAUGGAAACACGCCACUGAAAGCUGCCUUGCAAAAUGGGCAUAGUGAUAUAGCGUUGAAAUUAAUUUCAAGCGGUGCAGAUAUUUCCUAUGAAUCGCUACUUAUCCUGGCAUCGGAGCGUGGGUAUUUGUCAGUUGUUGCUAAACUUAUUGAAAAAGGGGCCAAUGUCAACGAAUGUGACAUUUCUGGUAUAAUGCCGAUCCAUGCAGCUUCGAAAAAUGGUUUCUUAGAAGUGGUUGAAACUUUGAUAGAAAAUGGAUCCUCCUGUAAUGAACUUGAUGAAUUUGGGGAUUCGCCUCUGAUUUAUGCCUUAAGAAAUGGUUAUGAGAAUAUAGCACUCAAAUUGAUUUUAUAUGGAGCAGAUAUAUACAUUUCCAAGGAAAACUACAUAUCCUCAAUAAAGUAUGCUCUUCAAAGACGACUUUGGAAUGUUUUUGAAAAGUUAACUACAUUUAAGGUAGAAAGAGGUACAUACCAGGAAUCCCUUCAAACUGCACUGAUAUAUGCAAUGGAAAAUAAAAACAAUGAGAUGGUUCAAACAUUUCUACCAGAACUUGUUGAAAAACUUAUUAAUAGCGGUUUUAAUGUAAACUACUCCGAUGUUAAUGGCAAUUCUCCUCUUUAUUAUGCAGUUUACUUUGAAUUUCAGGAAGUUGUCGAAAUACUCUUAAGCCAUGGCGCUAGCUGCAAUCAAUGUAAUGGAGAUGGCAUAUCGCCUUUAUUUGUUGCUAUUAGAAAGAAGAACUCAAAACUUUGUAUCUACCUGAUCAGGCAAGGUUCAAAUAUCAAUUUAUGUGAUAAAAAUGAAAAUUCGCCACUGCUUUAUGCAUCUGAAUAUGGUCUUAAAAAUGUCGUAGAUAAGCUAAUUGAUUCUGGCGCAGAUGUCAAUAAGUCCAAUGUAUCCGGAGAAACGUCUCUCAGCUGUGCGUCAAAAAACGGAUUUUGCGAUAUCGCAGAGAGUCUUGUGAAGAAUGGUGCAGAUAUUUCCUCAAAGAAUAAGAAAGGAGAUUCACCAAUUUUUCAAGCCUGUAAAAACGGACAGGUAGAAAUAAUGGGAGUAUUAAUUCGUAAUGGUGCUAAUGUAAAUAUUCCUUCGACCAGAAUGACACAUCUUUUGCACAAUGCUCUUAAUAAAGGCAAUUUAUUGAUUGUUGAAAAACUUAUUGAUUAUGGUGCAGACUGCAAUGUAUGUGACGAUAAAGGAAAAACGCCUGUUGUAAUUGCAUCACAAAAGGGCUAUUUUCACAUCUUCAGAAAAAUCAUUGACAGUGAUGUAAAUUUUAAGAAAUCUAAAGAUAACGUCUUCGAACUCUUAAGUGCAGCAACAGAAAAUGGUCACUUGUCUAUAGUCCACUUUCUUAUCUUACACGGCUUUGAUUUUACCAAUUAUAAACUACAAAUUGGAAAUUUAUUACUGAAAACUAUUGGCCGUGGUCAUGUCUUUGUGGCCUGUAAACUUAUAGACCUUUUAACCAAUGUCAACAAUGAUAAUGAAAAUGGAGAAACAGCAUUACAUUUGGCUUCGAAGAAAAAUUACUUAUGUGUGGUUGAAAAACUUAUCCAACAUGGCGCUGACUGUAACUCAUUAAACAAAAGUAAAAAAUCCCCUAUAAGUUUAGCUGCAGAAAAUGGUUGCAUUUCUAUAACUAACCUACUCUUGGAAAAUGAAGCAGACAUCAAAAUUGCUGAUAUACGUGGUAACACGCCAUUACAUCUUGCUUCAGAAAAGGGACAUACCCUGAUAGUCAAAAGUUUGCUUAAGCAUGGUGCCGAUUGCAAUGCAACAAAUAAAGAUGGAUUAACUCCACUUUUGCUCAUGUCAAAUGCAAAACAUGGAAUUUCUUCUAUAGUGGAGUCAUUAAUUCAGCACGGAGCAAACGUAAAUGAUUGUGAUGCCGAUGGAAAAUCUCCUUUACAUCUAGCAGUAAAAAACGGUUUUGUCUCAGUCGUAGAUAAACUUAUACAAUUGGGUGCAGAUGUAAAAAAGUGUGAAAAAAACGGUUUGUCUACAUUACAUACGUUAUUGAGUGAAUACUGGUGUGAAAAUCAAAAAGAGUAUCUUAUAUUCAAAAAGCUAAUAGCAAAUGGAGCAGACUGUAAUAAAUGCAACAUAUAUGGUGAAUCUCCCCUAGUCAUUGCAACAAAAAAGGAACAAACAUCUUAUAUAAGAAUGCUUAUUGAUCUUGGUGCUGAUAUCACGAUUCGUGAUAAAGAUGGAAAGUCUCUUUUAUUUAUUGCCGUUGAAAGAGGAAACACUUCUAUUAUAAAGAUGUUCAUUGAUCAUGGAGCUGAUGUCAACUUGUGUGAUAAAGAUGGCAAGUCCCCUUUAUUAAUUGCAGUUGAAAGACAAAACAUUUCUAGUAUAAAGAUGCUUACUGACCACGGUGCAGAUAUCAACAUGUGCAAUAAGGAUGGCAGGUCCCCGUUAUCUAUUGUAGCUGAAAAACAAAACAUUUUUGGUAUAAAGAUACUCAUUGACCACGGUGCAGAUAUCAACAUGUGCAAUAAAGAUGGCAGGUCCCCGUUAUUUAUUGUAGCUGAAAAACAAAACAUUUUUAGUAUAAAGAUGCUCAUUGACCAUGGUGCUAAUAUCAACUUAUGUGAUAAAGAUGGCAAGUCCCCAUUAUUUAUUGCAGCUAAGGAGUGUGAAAGACAAAACAUUUCUAGUAUGAAGAUACUCAUUGACCAUGGUGCAGAUAUCAACAUGUGCGAUAAAGAUGGCAGGUCCCCGUUAUUUAUUGUAGCUGAAAAACAAAACAUUUUUAGUAUAAAGAUGCUCAUUGACCAUGGUGCAGACAUCAACAUGUGCAAUAAAGAUGGCAUGUCUCCAUUAAUCAUAGCGUCGUCUGCAACACCAAAUAUUCGAGUAAAACAAAAACUUAUUGAACACUGUGAAAAUUGCAACAAAUGUGACAUUAAUGACAACACUUCACUCAUUAAUAAAAUUAGAACUUCCUAUCCCGGUUAUUAUUUAAAAAAUAUUUUUAAGGAUGAUACUGACGUCAGCAUAUGUAAAAACUACGGGGAUUGUCCAGAAAAUUUAGCAAUUGAAAGAGAAGAAAUAUCCUGUAUUAAAAUUCUUUUAGACCAUGGAGCUGAUGUUAAUCAAUGUGACGUUCACGGCUGUUCACCUCUUUAUACUGCAGCUAAAAAAAAUAAAAUUCCUUUUGUGAAAAUACUCCUAAAUAAAGGCGCUGAUGUUAAUAUAUUUGAUGAAUAUGGUCAUUCUCCACUUGACAUUGCAGUUGAGAAAAAUAACAAACUCAUUGUACAGAUGCUUAUCAAUCAAGUGUUGAAUGAAAAUCAUUUAAACAAACAAAACAGCAUUUCCAUUCGAUCGAAGCAGUUGAGAGUAAGAAAAACAUAGU